CCAACUGAGUCAGCAGAAAGCUUUCCUUAAAAAGUUUGUAGUCUGUGACUGUAGAUCUUCAGUCUGUAGUCCAAGUAUGUACUCAAAGAGGUACUUGUUGAGUUCCUGGUUUUAUUGACAUAUAAAGUUAAGUAUUCUAAGUAGAAUAUUAUUCUCAUGUUACACAAAUAAAUUGAUGUUAUAUAAUUUUAUAAAAUAUACAAAAUGGAGAGUGCAGCUGCUUCAGUUUUAAAGCGGGCAGUAGAAAUGGAUAAAGGUGAACAGUACACAAUGGCUUUAGUACUUUACCAAGAAGGUGUUCAAAUUCUACUUGACACUAUGAAAGAGACAAAGGACCCAGUUACCAAGAAACGUUUUGGUACCAGGGCAUCAGAAUAUUUAGAUAGAGCAGAAAAAUUGAAGGCUUUGAUUGACAAGAAGAAAGCAGCUGGAAUCUAUAGAGAAUUGACUAAAAUUGAAAGUGGCAGUAUAGGACAUGGUUAUGAUUCUGUAUUUGGCAGAUUCUUAGAUGCAUCUGUACAAUACAUUUGUAUUGAAGAUCCAUAUAUAAGAGCAUUUCAUCAGUGUCAAAAUCUGGUGAGAUUCUGUGAAUUGGCUGCAAGGAAAUGUCACGCAUUGUCCAAAAUAUGUUUAGUUACUACUCUUGAUGCAGAUGACAAAAAAAAUCAAGUAGGAAGAUUGGAAGAAUUGAAGAGAAGUUUAUCCUCUUCUCUCAUAGACUUUGAAAUUGAAUAUUCCAAUACUUUGCACGAUAGGCAAAUAAUACUUAGCAACGGUUGGGUAAUUAAAAUAGGUCGAGGUUUAGACUACUUUAAAGCUCCAGAAGGAAAGUUCGUGUUAGGAGCAUGCGACCUCGAACUGAGACCAUGUUUGGAAACGACAAUUGACAUAUUUCACAAAAGUAAUGUAACAAUGCUGUGACAUAGAAGAUCACAUGCGGAACAUAUACAAAAAGAAUUGUUACAUUUUCAUGACAUUUUCAUGAUUUUAAUGCAUUCAUCGAGAAACAAUUUUAUUUACAUUUUAAUUCCACGAAAUAUUGUACCUGCAGAGUAUAAUAAACUCCACUUUUCCUAAUAAAGUAUUUUACGCACUAUACGAUGUAUCUACAUACAUGUACAUACAAUAAAAUUAAUUUUUUAAUAAAUAUACAUAUUUUUGUUACAUAA